ACGUUAUUUUAACGACAUCCAUCACUAUUAAUCAUUACAUUUUCAACAUCUGUUUUCAUAUGUCAAAUAAUACAAUAUCUCCGUGCUGGAUUUGCAGCAAAAAUUAAGGAUAUUGUAUUGUAUUUCAUAUAAAUAAACGAAAUACAGCCUGAAAAUGGCUGCAGUAGCCUUAUCCGGGCAUUUUGCCACUAAAAUAAUACCAAAACAUGGUGCUUUGAGUAUUAUUUACAUCAAGUCAGCAUCGUACAGUACCGAAGGUAAGACUAACAUCGCUGCUUACAAGCGAGGAACCGGUGGCCGCAGUAGUUUUAAUGGAAUCGUGGCCACUGUCUUCGGUUGUACUGGGUUCGUGGGAAGAUAUGUGUGCAACAAACUUGGCAAGAUAGGUACUCAAAUGAUAUUACCAUACAGGAGUGAUUUCUAUGAUGCCAACCGACUCAAAGUGGCUGGAGACCUUGGUCAAGUGCUCUUUACACCCUUUGACCUACGUGAUGAGGAGUCUAUUGCUAAAGCUGUAAAGUACUCAAAUGUUGUGAUCAACCUUGUGGGACGUGAUUAUGAAACUAAGAACUUCUCUUACACGGAUGUGCAUGUAGAUGGGGCCAGGCGCCUUGCCAGAAUAUGCCGUGAAAUGUGUGUUGAGAGAUUCAUCCAUCUCUCUUAUUUGAAUGCAGAAAGCAAUCCUAAGCCAUUGUUACUGAAGAAACCAUCAAUGUUUAAGAUAAGCAAGUAUUUAGGUGAAUGUGCAGUCAGGGAAGAAUUUCCAACAGCAACUAUAAUUCGCGCUUCCGAUAUUUAUGGUUCUGAAGAUAGAUUCCUUAGAUCUUUAGCAACAAGCUGGAGGUCUCAUGGUAACCUUGUGCCUGUGUAUAAGAAUGGCAAGGAGACUAUUAAACAGCCUGUCUAUGUUUCCGACGUGGCUCAGGGCAUUGUGAACGCUGCUCGCGACCCUGAUACCCGUUGCCAAAUAUACCAAGCUAUUGGGCCUAAAAGGUACCUUCUGGCUGACCUCAUUGACUGGUUCUACAAGUUAAUGCGUAAGGACAGAGCCGGCUACAGGCGGUACGACAUGAAGUAUGAUCCGAUAUUCUUCUCACUCCGUGUGGCCGCAGCCAACAUGCUCUCACCCGCUUACCCCUUUGGUGGACUGCACUGGGAAGGUUUGGAAAAGGAAUCAACUACAGAUAAACCUGAGCCAGGUGUGCCUACUUUGGAAGACUUGGGUGUGACAUUGACACACAUGGAAGAUCAGGUGCCAUGGGAACUAAAGCCCUUCCGUGCUUACCAAUAUUACUUGGACAAAC